AUGUUCUGAUAUAAACAGAUAAGACGACUCGACUUGGCCUCAGUCUUGCAUCUCCGUCCAAUAUGGCGACGUACCUACUCCUUGUGACGGCCUUUGUGCCACUUGUCCAAGCAGCGCAGAAACUGGAGAUUUUCACGGUCGACAAGGCGGAGGUCUCUGUGUCGGGCAUCUCAGCUGGAGGAGCAAUGGCGGUACAGUUCCACACCGCCUUCUCGGCUUCAGUCAGGGGAGUCGGCUCCAUUGCUGGAAUCCCCUACUCUUGCUCCGGGGGUCAGCUGGGAACGGCCCUGGGGUCGUGCAUGAGCUCCCCCUCGGGCAUCAACGUGGCAUCCCUGGUUAACCACGCCAAGUCACAGGCCGGGGCCGGCAAGAUCGACGCCACGGACAACCUCCGCAACACCAGCGUCUACAUCUGGGCCGGCACCAGUGACACCGUCGUGAAAACAGAUGCAUCCCGAAAGAUAGAGGCCUUCUACAGCGACUUCGUCAGCCCCUCCAACAUCAAGGCCGUCUACGCCAGCGGUGCCGAGCACACAUUCCCCACAGAGAACUAUGGUAACCCGUGCACCUCCCUGGGCAGCCCCUACCUCGGCAGAUGCAACUACAACGGCGCCUACGAGCUGCUCAACUUCAUCCACGGUAACCUGCAGAGACCAUCUGGGGAUGUAGCUCUGAAAGGGAAGUUUAUCGAGUACGACCAGACGGAGUUUCUACCUAGCUCCAGGAAGAAGCGGAUCCUGCUGGUGCCAGACAGCCUGCUCUCCCCCCUCAAGGCGUACGAGUCUAUGAGCAACAUGAUGGGGACGAUGCUGUCAUCGGGGAUUGCCGCCGCGACGAGCUACUGGGAUUGGUGGAAAAAAUUCUGGAAUGGUAUCGGAAGCGGAGGGGUCAGUACACCCGGCCUGGCUGGAUCAGGGUCACACAGCAUGGACGGCACCGCCUACGCUUACAUCCCCUCUGGCUGUUACGACAGCACCGUUGUGUGCAAACUUCAUGUUGCCUUCCACGGAUGUAAAAUGCAGAGGGAGACUAUCGGUGACGUGUUCGCAAGGCAUGCUGGGUACAACGAAGUGGCGGAGCUCAACAACAUCAUCCUCCUGUACCCCCAGAUAAAGUCUGACCUCAUCUCCAACCCCAACGGCUGCUGGGACUGGUGGGCGUACACUGGAGCAAACUACGACACAAAGGGCGGCGUUCAGAUGAAGGCUGUGAAGAACAUGAUUGACAGGGUGACAGGCGACAACCCGUAAUGGUGUACAUGGCCGACUGAAAUAGACCAUGGUAUUCCUCAAGUACUCAUGCUGUAUCUUCCUGUAAAUAAACAGGUCUCUGUGACUCUUCCA